GUUUUUUUAUUUUCUCAUAUGCAAAGUGCAAAGUUUGUGUUUGUGAGCCUGGGCAGAGAGAGUAACAAGCCCGGUGCCUAUGAUGAAUGCAUUAGUCUGCUGCCUACUCCCUGCUGCUGUGAGGCGCUCCUGCCGGGCUGCAGCUGUGCCGAGGAGAUGGGUGACAGGCACAGUGCAGCGGGAGCACCCAGCACUCACCGUCUCUGUGCAGGAGGGUGGAAUCAGGAAAGUAACGUUGAAUAAUCCACAGCAAAGGAAUGCUUUGUCACUUGCCAUGCUACAGUCUCUUCAGAAAGACAUCCUUUAUGAGGUUCAUGAUGUGAAUUUGAGAGUCAUUGUGAUUGCAGCUGAAGGACCUGUAUUUUCAUCUGGCCACAAUCUAAAGGAAUUUACAGCUGCACAUGGAAAAGCAUACCACGCAGAUGUAUUUAAUGCUUGUGUCAAGCUUAUGAAAACAAUCCAAACCAUACCAGUACCUGUUAUAGCCCAGGUGAAUGGUCUUGCAACAGCGGCAGGGUGCCAGCUUGUUGCUAGCUGUGAUAUAGCUGUUGCGUCUGACAAGUCCAAGUUUGCUACACCAGGUGUCAAUGUUGGACUGUUCUGCUCUACGCCUGCUGUUGCUUUGGGAAGAGCUGUGCCAAGAAAGGUUGCUUUGGAAAUGCUGUUUACAGGUGAACCAAUAUCAGCUCAAGAUGCUUUGCUUCAUGGUCUUCUCAGCAAGGUGGUACCCGAAGACAGCUUGGAAAAUGAGACAAUGAAAAUUGCCCACAAAAUUUGCCAGGCAAGUCGCCCUGUCGUCGCUCUAGGAAAAGCUACAUUUUACAAGCAAAUGUCACAGAGCCUGGAUGAGGCAUAUAACCUAGCAUCGCAAGUCAUGUUGAAGAAUCUAAUGUUGAAGGAUGGCCAAGAAGGGAUAGAGGCAUUCACACAGAAGAAGAAACCAGUGUGGACUAACUCACUAGAAUGAUCUGGGAACCUUUACAUAAUUAUAUACAUAUAUAAAUAAAUUCAUAUAUGUCUCAUGA